AUGGCCCGGGCUGCCGUAGCCCUUCGAAGAGAACCUUCAGCUUUCACUUGGCUGCGGCGUGGCUUCACUGAGACUGUAACUGCGAAGGGCCGCUUGCGUCCGAACUUGCACCGCCUCGAUGUAAAGGAUUGGAUCCACUUCGAACCGUCCAGCGAACAUCUGCAGAAAAAACAGGAGAUCUUCCAAUCGCCUGUGAGGCAUUUGCACCUGCUUCAAGCAGAAGGAUGCCUGGGACCCCAACGCGAAGUCUUGGACAUGUUGCUGGAUCAUUUGCCUCGCUGGUAUCCUGAGAACUUUCAGGUAACCCCAGUGUCCACUCCAGGGCAACCCUUUGGAUCCGACACUGUGGUGGCUUUGAAGGUGGCUGAUGUCGAUGUGUCUUACCGUUUGGGCGACUUUGAACAUUUUCCGCUGGAGCUGGCGUCCUUGUUGGUUCAGGAGGAUUUGGUGUUGGUAGAGGAUGGCACCGUGGUCGCGGGCUCGGUGCUCUUCAGUUUCACGCGCUUCCACGAGCGCUUUGGGAUGAAUAUGGACCAAAUCCACCGGAAGGUACAGCAAUACCAGAGGGACUUGGAGAAACCAGUGAAUAAGGUCUUUGCAACUCUGGAGCACGAUCGGCCUAUGUGGCGAAGUAAUUGGAAUGUCAGUUGGAGCGAUGAUAUUUUGGCGGGAUACAGCCGCUAUCCUCACCGGAACCCCGGGAUUUCGGAAGAUGAACGGGCUUCUCUCUUCCAAGAAAUGAAGGAAAGGAUUGAACAGAAAGGUUUAGGUGAUAGCGCGUGGCUGAAGGUUGAAUAUCAGACCUUGCGACGGCUACGCCAACAUCCCAAGUGCAUCCUUUUCACCGUCCGUACUUUCUUGAACUCUCUGGAUGAGUUGCCAGGAGAACCAUUGGCAGCCAAGGCUUUGCUACAAAAUCUGGAUCGCCUUCAGCCCACCGAGUUUUCGAAGUAUUUGGGCAUAGAUGAUGCUUACCUCUUCCAGUCGCUGAGACGAUUUGUGGUGGCCAACUGUGGCCUUUGUGAACCUCCCGCCGACAAGAUCUCCUGCCGGUUCUUGGUUGAACUGCUAGAUGCGAAGUUUGCACAGCAAGAACAGCUAAUCCGGAAGCUGAUCAGAGACGUCAGAGACCCAGUGCCGGAAUUUCCAGUGGAGACAAUGGACCUUCAACAGCUUGGAGCGACUUCCAGGGAGCCGCUGGUAGUGAAGGAACCAGUGCUGGAAGUCUGUGACUUGGAUUUUCCAGAGAAAUCCGAGGAGGAAGAUGAGGAAUUGAAGCCUCAGACACCCAGCAAGGGUGCGGGUGUACGUUCCGGGAAACUGGGAGUUACUGUCAUGAAGGAAAGGUGGGAACCAGAGCCAUUUUGGAAGGUCUUCGUGAAAGGGCCACUGGACGGCUACAUGGGGAUUGUGGUGCUCAUAAACCUGGCCUUCAUGAUUCUGGAAACGCAAUCCACUGGAGCCACUUUAGACUUUUCACUGGGCCUCUCAUCAGAUGCAGGAUGGAACAUUGAUGAGAACUUCUUUCAGGUUGCGGAGUACAUUUUCUUCAGCAUGUAUACUGUAGAUGUUCUCGUGCGGAUCAUCGUCUUGCGGCACGAAUGGUACUUUGAUCCGCGACAGGGCUUCAUGUUCUUGAACAUUUUCGACGCCUGCGUGGUGGCAGUCAACGCCUUUGAGCUGUUGCUCAUGCCACUGCUGGUGUGGGGCAGUGACCAAGAUCAAGUGAACAGCAUUCGGGUCAUCAAACUGAUGCGAAUCGCACGCACCCUGCGAAUUGUGAAGACCGUCCAGCUGUUCCGGCAGCUGCGUCUGCUGGUUGGCACCUGUGUUGCCAGCAUCGGCGCACUCUUUUGGUCCAUGGUCUUGCUGAUGGUGCUGAAGGUGGGCUUUGCCUUGGUGAUUUGCCAGGCCUUGCAGCCGGUGAUUUUGGAUCUCAACACGGAGGACUCGACGCGGCGCGAGGUGAACCGUUUGUACGGAAGCUUCCUGAAGGCUUUGUACACCAUGUUUGAGAUCACGCAUAGUGGCAGUUGGCGAGCAGUGGUUCGACCAAUCGUGGAACGUGUCAAUGCAUGGUACGCGGUGCUGUUUUUGACAUAUAUCACUUUGGUGGUAUUUGCUGUCAUUCGCAUUGUGACUGCCCUGUUCUUGAAGGAGACCUUAGCCUCCGCAGCCUUGGAUUCGGAUAUGGUCAUGGAGGACAACCGCCGCGCCGCCCUAGAGGCCCAGAUGAAGCUGGAGGAGCUCUUCCGCGCGGCUGACGAUGAUGGUGAUGGCCACCUGUCCCCUGACGAGUUUGUGGAGGCCUUGAGCCUGCCAUCCGUGCAAGGUUUCCUGCAGUCCAUGGAUGUGAGCAUUCGAGAUACGGGGCCGCUUUUUGAGAUUUUGGAUGAUGGAGACGGCCUCAUAACCAUCACCGAAUUCUGCAAAGGCUUACUGCAGCUAAAAGGCAUGGCCCGGGCGCUGGACAUCAUCGUUUUGCAGCGGGAGAACGCAAAGGUCUUGCGAGAAUGUCGUGAGAUGCACGCACAUCUCCAAACCUUUUUCACCCUUCGUUGA